UGGAAGGGAGUAGCAUCUUCGGCCGAGUUCGUGUGCAGGAAGAGCGGGUUUCCACGACGAGUCAGGUUUUGCAGCAGGGGGUGGCUGAAGAUGUUGAUGGGGAAGAUAGUACAACUUCUAUGACGGGUACUUUUUCUGGUGCAACUGGAGACCACGAUGGCGCCGAAACAAGUAGGACGGAUCCGACGCCGACUACAGCAGUGAACGACGGAGCUACAUCAGUGCCCCUCGCUGCUCCCUCC